CGCGUUGUUGGCAAUCAGACCAUUUUUUUUGUUCUUCCUCCAAGCAAAGAAUACAGAAGUUGGUGAGAAAUUGCCCAGAGUAAUUUGUUAUGACAAUGGAUACAAUACGCUGUAAUUUCAUAUUUUUGGUCGUGUUCCUUGGAGCAGGAAUUCACAUAUCCAUUGCGUUGCAGUGCGACUGCCAGUGGUGUAGUAACAGUACCUGCUACACAGAUGGCCUGUGCUUUGUGUCCUUUGUCAAGUCGGGCAGUAAGAUGGUGGCACAGGGGAGCAGGUGUUUACUGGAGGCAGACCUCAUCCCUAAAGACAGGCCAUUCUUCUGCGCCCCUUCCAAGAAGGAGAACACCGGUGUUGUCCCUGUCUGCUGCAACAGAGACAUGUGUAACAAAGACCUCAACCCAGAAGACUACUCGGAGACAUUCCCCACAGCCCGUACCCCUCCACUGAGCCCAGUGACCCUGGCGGCCGUCAUCGCGGGACCGGUGUGUGUGCUGUGUUUCGUGCUGCUGCUGGUGUUCUAUGUGUGCCACAGCCGCUCUGUCGUCCACCACCGCGUGCCCAACGAGGAAGACCCUGCCAUGGACCACCCCUUCCUGGCCGAUGGCCACACCCUCAAAAACCUCAUCUACGACAUGACCACCUCAGGCUCCGGAUCAGGUCUGCCCCUAUUGGUGCAGAGGACCAUAGCCAGGACCAUCAUCCUGCAGGAGAGCAUCGGAAAGGGGAGGUUCGGGGAGGUGUGGCGGGGCCGCUGGCGAGGAGAGGAGGUGGCCGUUAAGAUCUUCUCAUCCCGGGAGGAGCGCUCGUGGUUCCGCGAGGCCGAAAUCUACCAGACAGUCAUGCUUCGCCACGAAAACAUCCUGGGCUUCAUUGCCGCUGACAACAAAGAUAACGGCACGUGGACCCAAUUGUGGCUGGUAUCAGAUUACCAUGAGCACGGCUCCCUUUUUGACUACCUGAACAGGUACACGGUGACAGUGGAGGGCAUGAUCAAGCUGUCCCUGUCCACCUCCAGCGGCCUGGCUCACCUGCACAUGGAGAUUGUUGGCACGCAAGGUAAACCUGCCAUCGCCCACCGCGACCUGAAGUCUAAGAACAUCCUGGUGAAGAAGAAUGGUACUUGCUGCAUCGCUGACCUGGGAUUGGCUGUCCGCCAUGACUCUGCCACUGACACCAUCGACAUCGCCCCCAAUCACAGAGUUGGAACCAAGAGGUACAUGGCCCCUGAAGUCCUGGAUGACUCCAUAAACAUGAAGCAUUUUGAGUCAUUCAAGCGGGCAGAUAUCUACGCCAUGGGCCUGGUGUUUUGGGAGAUCGCACGGAGAUGCUCAAUAGGAGGUAUCCACGAGGACUACCAGCUGCCCUACUAUGACCUGGUCCAGCCAGACCCCUCGGUGGAGGAGAUGAGGAGGGUGGUGUGUGACCAGAAACUACGGGCCAACAUCCCCAACAGGUGGCAGAGCUGCGAGGUGCUGCGGGUGAUGGCUAAGAUCAUGAGGGAGUGCUGGUACUCCAACGGAGCGGCCCGCCUCACCGCGCUGCGCAUCAAGAAGUCCCUGUCCCAGCUCAGCCAGCAAGAGGGCAUCAAGAUGUAGACUAGAGGGUCAAGACUACCGGUCUGUCUGGAUUUUCUUUCUGUCCCCAUCGCUAUGUGCUGCUCUCUUCGACAUCUCUUUCUCUGAAGAGGGAGGGAGGGGAUAGUACAAUUCAGGUGGGUUUGUGUACCUUCAAUGUCCAAUCAGCCUUGAAGGAAUGGGAGAGAUUGCUUCUCUGCUCUUCUCUGUUCUCCUCUGAGAUUGCAUCAGGACAUGGGUAGAUUCUGGAUAACAUUCUAGACUCUGGAUGCGGAGACACAACCCCCUGUCCCUCCUGUUGUUUUGCCUGUCUGUAUCCAUCCCUUCUUUCUUACCCCAUGCAAGAAACGCUGGACUUUAUUGGGACCUCCUGUAGGAAUUCCAUUGCAAAUAUUCUGAAUCAAAGAAAAUAUGCAUUGAAAGAAAUUCUAAAUUUUGAUAUACCUCUCUCUGGUCAUUUCUCAAAGUACCAAGGUCAGUGUCUAUUGAAGUGUUUUGUUUAAACAUGAUUAAGUGUUACUUAUAUGAAUUUCUUUAUUUCACUUAAGAUCUUUCACCUUAAAACGUUUAUUUUACAGAUGCCAGAUCCAUAUUUUUGUAUGUGUUUUGUCAAGCAAAACAGGACAUGACCUCAUUAAGCUUCAUCAAAUAUUCAGUGAAAUAUGCAAUAUCUUGUUCAUUGCUAUGUGUGUAUAUAUAUGUUCCUUAAAGUGUUUACAGUGUAUUCAGACCCAUUGACUUAUUCCACAUUUGUUACGUUACAGCCAUAUUCUAAAAUUGAUUAAAUUGUUUUUUUUCCCACUGAUCAAUCUACACACACUACCCAUGAUGACAAAGCAAU